CAAACAUUGCGUUAUUUAUGUAGCAAAUGAUGACAAUUUGUGUGCAUUUGUGGCAAACAUGUGAUUCACACGCCUCUCGCCAUUUAGGACUCAAUUUGCGGUCAAUUUAUAAAUUGUUUGACAGUUUGUGUUGAGGAGACAUAGGAAGACAUGUCGGAGUCAUCCAUACUAUUGCCCGGCGACGACAUAACGGCGCUAAUCAACCGGUGCUUCGAGAGGGCGCAGACGAGCGCCAACAUCACCGCAGCCAAGAGUGGGCCGAAGAGUGGCCGCAAAGGAGGCGCAGAGGAAGUGGUCUGUCAGCUGAUGAUAGGGCCCGGACUGAAGCGCGAACCCAACAACCGGUUUGUGGCCGUGAAGUGCGGACAACUCGUGAACCGCGAGGACAAGAGGUUUUGGGUGGACAACCACUCCAAGAGGUAUGUGUCGACCAAAGGCGACCGCGUCAUCGGCUUCGUGGUCAGCAAACAGGCCUAUCAGUGCAAAGUGGACAUCGGCACCAAUGAGGCCGCCGUACUCUCCCUCCUGGCCUUCCCGCAGGCAACCAAACGCAAUAAGCCGGCCAUCGAGGUAGGGGACGCGGUGUACGCGCAGAUCGUGACCGACUGUCCGGACAUUGAGGCCGAGUUGGUGUGCGUCGGCAGCAAUAACAAGAGUGGAGGUCUGGGAGUGUUGUCGUCCGCGGGUUAUGUGCUAACAGUGCCCACGAAUAUAGUGCGCCGACUGUUGGCGCCCGACUCGCGGCUCAUCCAGACGUUGGGCCAGAAAUACAAGUUUGAGAUCACGUGCGGACUGAACGGUCGCGUCUGGAUUCACGCCAAGAAUUUGGACACAACUCUCACGAUCACGAACUUCAUCGAGCGCUUGGAGCACAUCCCGAAGUGUCAGUACCAGCACGAGUGCGAGCAGUUGGUGCAGGGCUUUCAACACGUGGGCCCCCACUCCUGAUUGCGGGCCAUUGUGUUAGUGUUCAUUGUGUUUAUACUGGCAGUCAUUACAUCACUGAUUGAAUUCAUUAUAAUGUUAUAUCAGACUAAUGUGCAAAAUGUAUGCUAUUUUGUACGUAUCAUACGUUAUAUUAUAAUAAAUUAAUGUUAACUCGUAUUAAAAAUGUAAAUUU